ACUCGACUCGACUCGACUCGACUCGACUCGCAUGAUUCUGCACAAUACAGCCCCUCAACCCCAUCUCUUUUGAAUCAAUCUCACCUCUCCCGAGCUUCACCGUCUCUUAUUCUACUUUUGGUGUUGUCCCUUUUCUCCUCACGCGGGAGUGCAGUCUCGACAACCAAAGCUCCCUCGGACUUGCACACGGUUGAGCCGGCCUGUUGCCGCUUCUGGUGGUGCGACAAGAAUAUCCGACCAGGUGGCUUGCCGCAGUGCCUGAGCCCAGAGCUGAGGAGGCCAAUCUUUUACUCUUCCAAUAGAACCGGACUCUUGUCGUAUUUUUCCUUUUUCCUUUCUCGAGGUCCUGCAAGCCUCAAGAUAUCGUUCAGGGCCACGGCUAGACCAGGACGAGCCCGAAGCUGUCUCACUACGAGUGACAAAGUGGCGGUCCGCCGUCGACGUUGAUCACAACUCGCCCGUCUUGCUCAACCGCCCGCCAUGUCGCCAACCUUUGCCACGCGGCCCUCGCACGUUGUCGGCAGGUCGUACGUGGCUACCGAGUUGGACGAUCCCGCCUCACACCUGGACUCGCUGCUUGGGGAUCCCUACGCCGAUGUGGACGCCGAGUCCUUCCGAUCGUCCCGGCACCCGGACCCGGAAAUGGACUCGAUACGCUCCUUACACUCCCGGACUUCCCAUGUGGACUCGCUCGUCACCCGUCCGCUGAUCCUUGACCAAACAAAGAGGAUACCACCUCCGGGACCAAACAAGCUGCAUCGCCGUCGCGACCAGUACCCCCACUUCGACAACAGGACCGUCACCAUCCCCGAGUCCUCAUCAACUGCUUCACACCACGAGAACUCUAGCCAGCAACACCAGGCACACCAACAGUCACAAUACCACUCCCAACCACACCCCGGGAUGACGCGGUCAAAAUCAACAAGAGCCCGCCACGCCACCGCAGACAGCCAGCAGGGGCAGCCAAGCCACAAGAGGGCAAAGUCGUACACCCUGUCCGGCGGGCCGUCAAACUGGCUCCUGAGCAACUCGCUGGUCGACGUGAGGCGGUCCAGCUCGCUGACGGGCGAGAGGCGCGAGGUGCGCAAGCUGCAGAAGGAGCACCCCGCCGGGUCCGCGAGGCCGAGCAUGGCGCUGGAGAUUGGCGACGGCGACGCCCGCGGCGCCAGCCCGCCGGCAGAGGGCGGGGAGAGAGGCUCAGGGCUUGGUGUGAGGCGGAAGAUGGGGCGGCUUAGGGAGCUAUACCGAAAGUAAGGGUUGCCAAUGGUCCUAUUGCGGCAUCUCACGACCGGCCAUCAGGAGGAUCUCUGUGGUGUCUCUUUCUGCAUAUGGCGCAAGUCGCACGUCCAAAUCAUCAUCAUCAUCAGCAUCAUCAUCAUCAUCAUUUGUGUCAACAUUAUGCGUCCGUCUUUUGCGAGCAAGAGCGGCUCGUCCCUCAAGGCGCUCCGGCAUUCGUUUGGGACCAUUACGAUUUUGGCAGGGUCGGGCGGCUGAGCACAUUGUGGUUUCAUCGCAUAUCUCAUACAAGGGAGUGGCAUCGCGCACGAUGGCAUACGUGCGCCGGGGAUUUCGGCCGAGUCUGGUACUCUCAGAGACAUCCAUAAGUGUGGCGGGUUGCGGUCAUCAUGUACGUGAUGCUCUCUGCUGCCAAGGCGCCAUCUGCCCACGCAUGCCAAAUUGUACAGGAGCAGUCAGACAAGCAUCUCAGAUCCACGUUGUCUGCUGUCUCACACUAGGGACAGCAGCAGUCGGGUUCGGUCCAUUGAUCGCUGUGCACUAGACUAGGCGCCGGGAAACAUACUUAAGUAGACACUACCUUGGCCUUGGUAUCCAGGAGUUUGCCGGCUGAUGUUCACGUCUUUAUAAUUGGCAUGCGGGGG